ACACUGUCAGACAUGGAAGAGGAAUAGUGCUGGACCUGUUGAUAUCAUUGCAAUGACAUACAGCGGUCAAGGUGUGGACUACCAGAUCAACCACUUGGAGCUCAUGACACGUUACUUAUUGAAGUUUCGGAUUUCUUCUGGUGCAUGAUUGCUGUCAAUGGCCAAAAUGCACUCCAGAGCAAAGUCUCGCAGUUGUGACAACUACCUGAGUAUUAAGGACGCUGAGUCGUUGGACAAGUGUAUCCAAAGCACCUUGUCUGCCUUGUACCGUCCCUUCAGCGCCACUGCUUCCACUGUCCUCUGGCAGCUCUUCAGCGUGGUGGAGAGACAGUACCGUGGGGACGGCCUCCGCUGCCUCAUUGACUUCUUGCUUCCUUCCAAGAGGAUUCUACAGAUCAUCCAGAAAGAAACCUGUGUGAAAUUCAGAGGAUUGCUGUUCUAUCAUGAGGGGUGGCCUCUUUGCAUCCAUGACAAAGUUGUUCUGCAACUUUCCCCUCUUCAUAAAGUUCGACUAAAGCAAGGAGACUUCUACUUUCAGAUAGUUCCUUUAGGCCGCAAGGCUGUCAAGCUCGUGAUAAAAUGUCUGUCUGCCAGUGGGCAGGCCGUUGCAGAAAUCCCCAUUUCAGACAGCAUGUUUGGCAACAUCUUCACAGCUGAGUUCUUGCAGAAUGUAACACGUGACAGAAACCUACACCCACUACAGAACUGCCUGCUUACCACCGGUACGGCUGUGUAUAGGACACCGUGGAAGAACGUGGUCAACCCGCUCUUUGUCAGCAGCACAACGGAUGCAAUUAUGCAAGCUCGCUGUAGCAGAGGUAGCUUCCGUGGCCCUCUCAGCACCUGCAGCACCAGCGGAUCCACGGGAACUCUGGACAGUCACCGCAGCUCUAGAGAGUCCCUGCUUUCUCAGGGAGCGGAGUCCAUCUUUUCUGAGCCCACUUCCCCCAGCAAAAAUCACAUGGAUUCCAGCAUAGAGAACCAGAGCACCAACAGCGAAAAUAAUGCUACACCCAUCAUUAAAAACAAAGGACCAGCUGAGGAUUGUGAUAAAGGGGCAGGAGAUAAAGAGGGCAGUGAAGGAGAAAGACAGCCAGGAUCCAAGAUGCUCUCUUUUAGUACAGACCUCAGUAACCCAGGCCCUCAACGCCGCAUACCGAGAGACUCUGUUACCUUUGAGAGCAAGAGACUUUUCAGGAAAUCUUAUAUGGAGGCUCUGCAGAAUCCUAUGAGCCUCGGGUCUAGCUCUGAAUCCAUCCUGGAGGAAAGCCCGGAGCAUAGCACCAGCCCAAGAGACAGAGCAGUUACACCAGGCAGCAGCCCCGACACCCGCUUGUCUCCCAGAGAACAUUUAUCUCUUAGGUUUGGUAGCCGGGGCUGGCUCAGUGGUGAUGACUCCAAGCCCAACACACCUUUAUUUUACCUACAGAGAGGGUUGCGGAGUGCUGAGAGACGGGCAGAAAGGCGCUCCAAGUCACUAGAGAGGACUAAUAAAGCAGGCCAAGUUAAAGGCCACAGAGAACGAUCGUCAUCUGGAGGCUCAGCUAGCAUCUCUCCCAAAAAGCUGAUGAAUGGUUAUGCUCUCCGUUUUGGGAAGGUCGAUGUGGAAGCUGUUUUUCCUGGAAAUGAGAAAAGCAGCAAAGAGGAGUCGGGUCAGCAUGAUGUCAGCAAAACAAGUGGCGAAGAGUCACACAGUCCCAAAGCAGCCACUGGGAUGACCCUGAGGCCAGCUUCAGAUCAGAGUUCUUCCUAUGACUAUAAUUCAACUUUCCCCAAGCUGAUGGCAGAGGUCAGCCAAGAGCUGCUCACAUCAGGGGCUGUCAUUUUGCCAGGAAACAGAGAUCGCAGUGGAAGAGCAGUGCUGCAGGUGUGCACGAGAGCUCAGGUGUGGGCAGGCGAGACGUGCACAGUCAAGGACCUUACCUGCUUAUUAGGCUACUACCAAUCAACUCUGCGGAAAGAAAGGCGUGAUCAAGGUCUAACUGUUGUAAUAGACAGCAGAAGGCAGCAGCCCGUUCCAGCUCUGUUGUCAUCUCUGUCUGAAUUUCAGACUUUAGUACCAAAUGCACUUUACUCCAUCCUUUUCCUGGUGGACAAGGAGGCAUCAGCAAAUCUUGAUAGAGACAUUAGUGUCCAGACUGAGACGCUUACAUCUCUAAAGGCCCUGCUGAAGCACAUUGACCCAACUCACCUCACACGUGACCUGGAAGGCACCUUCAGCUAUGACCACAACCACUGGAUCAGCUUCAGACAGAAAAUUGAACCAUUUGCCAGCAGUUGCAGUGCAGCCAUCGCCUCCCUUCAGGACUCUAUCAACACACUGAGAAACAUUGGUACUCUCAAGACUUCUAAGGAGGUGUCUGAGGUGUUAGAAAAGCAGAAGCAUCUCAUGAAGUGUGUACUGGAUGACACCCGUCUAAACAGACUGCGUCUCGAAGGAGGAACUGUACUCGCCCGCAUCAGGAAGGAAGAGGCCUGUGAGAAUGAAAACUACAGGGACACCGUCGACAUGUUGAAUGCACUGUACAACCAAGUAGAUGAAGAAGUUCAUAAACUUGUAAUCUUAUCUAAUAAGUCACAGAAAGAGUUAGAGGGCCUGCUGGAGGUGCACAAGUUUGAGGAGCAAACCCAACAAAUUAAACACUGGUUUAGUGUAGAAGGAGAGAAACAGCUCACAUCUCCGGAAUAUAUCAAUCUGUCUGUGGCCAAAAUAAAGGAAAUGAGAGAGAGUUUGGACCAGUUUCUUGAGGAGUCUGUGCAUCAGCAGAGGAUUGGCCUUCAACUUGUUAAAGAGUCCCCAGAGUGCCUCCCUGGUUCGGUUCUACUAGAUUUUAAGCAACAUCUGGGUUCCGUCUUAAGCAGAGUAGAGCAGAGGAAGGCUAAACUAGACAUCUUAUCAAACCUGUAUGAGUUCUAUGACUCCGCAAACCAGUGGAUGGACCACUGUCAGGAUUAUUUCCAUCAGUUGAGUCUAGACAGCUCAGAUGUGAGAUUUCCCCCCUCUGUGGUGCAGAUCCUGCAGGAUUAUUGCACUGAGGCAUCUAAGUUCUCCAUGGAAAACUUCAGCACGCUCAAUAACAUGGUGCUCUCACUUGAGAACCCUCAUCAGCUGCAACAGUGGAACUCCGUGUGGCAUAAAUGUCAGCAGACCAAACAGCAGCUGGAGGAGACUCUAGCCCAAGCCUUGACGUCAGCUUCGAACUCAACAGAUGCUGAUACGGAGGAUUCUAUGAAGACUUUAGAGAGUCCAGCUGUCACUCCAGAGCACCACAGAGCUAAUGAAUGUGUUCGUUUACCUGUGGCGAUUGCAUCAUUGACUUUUGAGAACAGUAAGGAUCACUCUGUGGGGCCUUUCUCAGAGAGUCCCUCAUCUUCAUCGCACUUCACGUUCCCUCCUGACAUUGACAGUAAAACCGACUUGGGGCGGAGCUUAUCUACCAUCGAUGACACGGACAGUGACUGCACCAUCGACUCAACCAUCUCCUGCCACUCUGAGCCCGUCUACUCCAAGGCCACUAGGCUCCGCAAGCAGCCAAUGAAGAAAAUUAUGAAGAAGACAAUGAGCUUUGAACUAUCCCCAAGAGAUGUUUGUCACUCAGAUGUCAGCCACAUUCAUGGAUACACAGGUGUGUACAUUAAAGGUUUGGAGGUGGCCAAUAAUGUGUCUGUGGAGAAGAAGCUGCAGAGGCCUGAUGUGAUGAGUCCUGCAGUCGGGCGCAGCCGCAGUAUGUCAACGCCAUGCAGGAUCCAUAACGGACACACUGAUGCAGAGAGCAAGAAACAGAGCACUAAAGUGCAGCACAUCAUGGAUGAAAUGAUUUCCACAGAGAGGGAGUAUGUCCGUUCUCUCAGCUACAUCAUUGAGCAUUAUUUCCCUGAAAUGGAGCGCCUCGACUUGCCUCAGGACCUGCGUGGGAAGCGCAGCAUUAUUUUUGGGAAUGUGGAGAAACUGUGGGACUUCCAUAGCCAGUACUUCUUGAAAGAGCUGGAGGCGUGUGCCCACUUCCCGCUGUCCAUCAGCAGCUGCUUUCUGAGACAUGAGGAUCAGUUUGGAAUGUAUGCUCUGUACAGCAAGAAUAAGCCGCAGUCUGAUGCCCUGCUCAGCAGCCAUGGGAACGAAUUCUUUAAGAAUAAGCAAAUGGAGCUCGGAGACAAGAUGGAUUUGGCAUCAUACUUGCUGAAGCCCAUUCAGAGGAUGAGUAAAUAUGCACUGCUGCUCAAAGACCUGAUAAAGGAGUGCAGCCAGUCCCAAGAGCAGGAGCUGAGUGACCUCCGCACCGCAGAGGAGAUGGUCAAGUUUCAGCUUCGCCAUGGAAAUGACCUGUUGGCCAUGGAUGCCAUUCGGGGCUGUGAUGUGAACCUGAAAGAGCAGGGUCAACUCCGCUGCCAGGAUGAGUUCAUAGUGUGGUGUGGACGCAGGAAAUACCUGCGCCACGUCUUUUUGUUUGAAGACCUCAUUCUCUUCAGCAAGACAAAGAAGAUAGAGGGAGGAUAUGACAUUUACAUCUACAAACAGUCUUUUAAAACAGCAGAAAUAGGUAUGACAGAAAAUGUGGGUGACAGUGGCCUUCGUUUUGAGAUCUGGUUUCGUCGGAGGAAGUCACAGGACACAUUUAUACUCCAAGCCAGCUCUGCAGAGGUCAAGGCAGUGUGGACGGCUAUUAUUGGCAAGAUCCUUUGGAGGCAGGCCCUCAGAAACAGAGAGCUACGUAUGCAGGAGAUGGUGUCCAUGGGGAUUGGAAGUAAACCCUUCAUGGACAUCAAGCCAAGUGAUGCGGCCAUUAGUGACAGAGCCAUUGACUAUAUAAUGAAAGGAUCAGAGCCUCGGACCAGGGCCUCCAUUGCAGUCCCCUCAUUUGAACACUGUGCUGCAUUCAAGAGGCCCCACUCCACCAUCUCCAACAGCAGCACCUCCUCCUCCAGCAGCCAGUCAUCCUCCUCCCUGCUGGGAUCACUCAAUCUCCACCUGUACUCCUCACCUUCUCACUCACACACACACCCAUACUCAAUCGGCAGCAUUACCUCCUUUGUCCAGUGGCCUUACGACUGCAUAGAGGAAGAUGAGCUAGAACAGGACACUGGAAGCAGCCAGCCCUCCAUGAUCACUGAGAGCUCGGAGACCUCCUCCCAGUGUAACUCCAGUGAAAGUGUAACAGGACUGGGUACCAUAACCAUACAAGGGCAGCCCAGCGUUGUCAUGGAAUCAUACAACAACAACAACAAGUCCUCCUCGUUCCUCUGCUCCUCCACUCCUCCCUCCUCCAUCACCUCCUCCCCUAUAUUCCAGAAAGAUGAAGGCCUUCAUCCCCAGGGCACCAAGUUCAUCACAGCGAGCUCAGCCGCUCAUUUAGCAAUAGGCCUCUCCACAGCAGUCUGACUCCAGUGGGUUUUUAGCUCACUGUGAUGUCCUCAAAGCAGAACAAAUAGCAGAUGGAAAAUAAGAGUCGAGCGUUGGAGCACAAAGACUUUAAUGGGUGAAACUCAACCAUCAAAGAUUUCACGAUGAUAAUGUAAAUUGACAACUGACAUGAACUGACAUGAUAUAAACUGUCGCAGCGGUACGUCAGAGGACUGUACAUUUGUUUUAAUGAGCUAGUCAUGUGUUUAAUUUGUAGAUUUGUUUUACAAGAUGCAAAAAAUAGCAAACCGAACCAGACUAUUGUAUUUGUACUGUUGUAUUUCUUUUGUCACCAGUCUUGAGUUAUGACAGAUUUGUACAGUUGAAUAAAAUAUUUUAAACA